UACUAAGAUUAGAAAAUGGCCAUUAAAAGAGAGUUAUCUUGUAAAAAUCUUCUAUUCGUUUUAGGCUUGGCAUUCUUCCUAUACGAUGUUACAAUAGUUGUUGCUCACACUAGCGAAUCUAGCAUUUUCGAUGUCACGAAAUUUGAUGCAAAAGGAAAUGGCAAGCCCGAAUACACCGAAGAUGGUGAAAAUUCCAAUUCACUGGCCUUUAUUCAAGCUUGGCAAAAGGCUUGCAAUAGCAUUGGACCAUCAAAGUUGGUUAUUCCUAAAGGCACAUUUGUAGUUGCACAAGUCUUAUUUGCCGGACCUUGCCAAUCUCAUGUAACCGUUGAACUUCAUGGAACUAUUUUAGCUGACCCUGAUCCUAGUGUGUUCCCUAAUCAAGAAUUGAUUGUCUUCCAACAAGUAGAGGGAGCUACAUUCACCGGUACCGGAGCUAUCAACGUUAAUCAGCCACCAUUGGCAGCUGACCCUGAGAAAGAUUUUGUGUUCUCGGAAAUCAUGCCUAGUAUAAAGUUCAGCAAUGCAACAAGUUGUGUGGUUGAUGGAAUACAUUCCAUGAAUCCUUCAGCAUUCCAUCUGUUGGUUGAAAAUAGCCAUAAUAUAUCGAUAAUCAAUACCAACUUUGAAGCUACUACUGUUAAGCCUAAUACACACUCUAAUGCCAUUUACAUUAGUGGAUCUAGUUUGGUGGCAGUAUCCAACAGUCGAAUCAAAUCCGGUGAUGAUUGCAUAACAGUUUCAGGUGGUUCAAGUGAUAUAUCUAUUACCGGAGUCACCUGUGUUGCUGGACAAGGAAUCAGUGUUGGAGCCCAACUAGAUGGUUUUCACCCUGAUUAUAAUGUGAAAAAGGUAACAGUUAAGAGUUGUACUUUCAAAGGAACACAAUUUGGUGCAAGAAUAAACCCUCGGCCAACAGACAAACCAGGAGAAGUAUCAAACAUUAUUUUUGAAGAUCUAACAAUGGAUCAAACCCUAAAUCCAAUCGUUAUUAAACAAGAUUAUCCACCGAUACCAGAUAAGCCAAAUUACGCAAAGAUCACAAAUGUCCAUUUCAAGAACAUUAGGGGUACCACAACAUCAAAUACUCCUCUUUCUUUUGCAUGCAACAAGGCGGCUCCUUGUGACGGAAUAGAAGUGGUUGAUGUCUUUCUCAAUAUCACAUCAACAAUUGGAAAGAUAGCCAAUAACAUUCUUUCAGCUUCAUGUGCAAAUGCAAAAGUUGUAUUUAGUGGAAAGCAUGAUGGAUUAAAUUGCGCAUAAUAUGUUAUUUACUAAGUUUUGUUUAAAUAUAAUUAAACAUGACGAGAAAUAGAAGUUUGAAAAGUGUGAAAUUUUAUAAAAGUAAUAAGAAGAAUGAAUGGGUUAAAGACUGUGUGUUUUCGAACACUUUGAAAUGUUUUAAUAUAUAUGAUGGCUAUUAGGAAUUAGUGUAGGAUUUAUUCUUGUAAAUGUUCCAAAUCCUGGACAUUAAAUAGGUUGCAAACCUCAAUUGAGUAUGUCAAAUUAGUAUUGAUCAAAUGAGCUUAAAUUGCAUCCGUUUAUAAUAAUUGAGGAAAGUUAAAUUUGGAACACUUACAAGAUCAAAUAAUGAGGCUUCAUCCCUAAAAUAAAUUGCCGACAAAAGAAUUAUCCUAGGGAAUUACUUUAUAAAGUGUUUAUUUAUUGGAGAUAUUCUAUAUACUCUAGGAUAUUAUUGUGAUUA